GAGGGCUCGGGAAGACCACCCUGGCCAUGGAGGUGUGCCGGCUGCUGGAGACGGAGUUCCCACGCCAGGCCAAAGUGUCCGCGUCGCAGACAUUUGGCAGUGGCAGCCAAGACAUCGAAGGAUUACUGAAGCGCCUGCUUCGGCAGAUUAUGCAGUUUCAGUCUGAGCCCGUUGCUAGCCAGCAAUCCGAGCAAGCCUCGGAGGGCGUGCGCCUGCAGUGCGAGGAAACAACGGAACCGGAUAAACUCAAGCGCGCGGCCGAGGCAGCCGCCAAGCUAGUGGAGCUUCUUGGUAAAAUUGACCGGAUGAAUUUAGGCGAGCUACAAGGCAUGCUCGAAAAGAGUCUCCGGAAUAACAGAUACCUCCUUUUGAUUGAUGAUGUAUGGAGCAAAGUAGCUUGGAAUGCAAUCUGGUCCAUGUUACCAAGCAACGGUUUUGGCAGUAGAAUCAUUGUGACCACUCGGAUAGAUAGUGUGGCGAAAGCUUGCAGUACUACUGGUGAUGAUUACAUCCAUCAUAUGAAGGCCCUAGAAGAGAAAGAGUCCAAUCAAUUGUUCCUGAGCAAAGCAUUUGGCUCAACAAAUGAAGACUCUUGCCCGAAUGAUUUGAAAAAUGCAAUGAAAAAAAUCUUAAAAAAAUGUGGCGGCCUACCAUUAGCCAUUGUUAGCAUUGCAAAGCUAUUGGCAAGCUAUACACAUCCAGAAGGAAAGAAGAUGUGGGAAAUAGUUGGAAGAUCAAUUGGUUCACAGAUGGAAAGCGACCCAACCCUCAAGGGGAUGAGGCAGAUACUCACACUUAGCUAUGACCACCUACCCUAUCACCUCAAGGGUUGCAUGAUGUACCUUAGCAUUUUCCCAGAGGAUUAUGUGAUAUCCAAGGAUCGGUUGUUGAAGAGAUGGAUCGCUGAAGGAAUGAUUCCUAAGAAGCGAGGGAUGACCCAAAUGGAGGUUGCAGAAGACUACUUCAAUGAGCUACUAAGUAGAAGCAUGAUUGACCGAGGCACCGAUAUAGUCACCAUGUACCAUUGGAGGGAAGAGACGUGCCGAGUGCAUGACAUAAUACUUGAGGUCCUUGUGUCUAAAUCCCUAGAGUUCAACUUUGUUAGCUUAAUAGGUGGGCAAUAUGAAGGGAUGUUGUAUGGUAGGAUUCGCCGUCUCACCGUACAUGGCGGAGAGGCACCCCAAGACUCUUCACCAAAUAGAAUGGCAGUGUACCCUGGUACAAGGAACGACAUCAAGGAGAUGACUCUGCAGCAUGUCCGGUCACUGAGCAUAUUUGAUCCAGAAGCGCACAGGCUGCUUGCUCGGCUAGGAGAUUUUACCUUGCUAAGGGUACUUGAUCUGGAAGACUGCAAAGGCCUAGAAGAAAAACAUAUGAGGCAUAUCUGCCAGAUGUAUCUUCUAAGGUUCUUGAGCUUGAAGGGUACAGCUAUCAAAGUGAUGCCAUCGAGAAUUGGUGAUCUCGAGCAUUUGCAGACCCUUGAUGUACGUCAAACACAGCUGAAGUGUCUGCCUGCAAGAAUUGGUGAUCUCAAACAUUUGCAGACCCUUGAUGUACGUCAAACACAACUGGAGAGUCUGCCAGAAACAGUCACAAAGCUAGAGAAGCUGGAGUACCUGCUAUUCUCCACCAAAGGCAAUAAUUGGUCUGGGUGGAUGCUGCCCAAAGGGAUCAGGAAAAUGAAGGCACUACGCCAUGUGAAUAAAGCGGUUGUGAUACACGACCCAAAUGUUGCCAAGGAGAUUGGUGAAUUAGAUCAAUUGGAAGAGUUAUGUAUCUAUGUUGAUACAAGAGAGAAUAUCCACGAGGAUGUUCCCAUAGAGCUUGCCUGCUCCCUGAGCAAGAUAUACUCCCUCCAGUGGCUCGAGAUUGGAAAUUUUGCUUGCUAUAAAUGGCCUUUCCAACAGGCAUUGCAAUUUCUCCAUGACGUACAGCAGCCACCACAGCUGCUCCGUUACCUUAGGAUCUGCGGCUGCAUUGAGAAAUUGCCAGACUGGGUGGGGUCACUCAUUAACCUUAUUGAGUUGGACAUAUCAUGGUCAUACCUUCAUGGUAAGCAAUUAUUCAGCGUCCUGUGUAAGUUGCCCAACCUACAGAGGCUGACCCUGGGGUCAUACUUCAUAAGAAAGAAUCAAGAUAUGGUUGCAUGCAAUAGCCAGUCCUUUCCGGAGCUCAAGGAACUUACUCUGGGCUAUUCUCCUGAAGUCCCCCCAAAUUAUAUAUUUGAGGAAGGGUGCAUGCCAAAGCUGGAGACGCUUGUGCUGAAUUUUGGUGACCAGGGGAAGACAAUUGUUGGCAUUGAGCACUUGACGAACCUUAGAGAGGUGCAGAUCGAUAAUUGCAUCAAAGAUUCACUGGCUACUUCACUAGAAAUUUUCAAGGUGGAGAAUGAGAAGCGAUCACAUGUUCCUGGGUCUGAACAGAUCAGAGUUAUAGUGAGGUAGGAGUUAUCACUCUGAUUGAAGCAUGUUCAACAUAAGCUUGCAAUAGAGGAGCUAAAGCUGGACUCCCAUCCAACUCAGGUUAACUUGGUCCCUACAUUGUUGGUGUGGUUGGUUCUUGUGGUGUAAGUCAUGUAAAGCUAGUUUCGCUAGCUGUUUAAUUCAUGUUUAUUAUUUGUUCAAGCAUUCGA